AUAUUUUGAUGAACCUUUCUGUUGACAACCAGCGAAAUGGAAAGCACGAGACGACCUCUACGCCUUCCUUCUUAAUCACUUCUUCUCAUCUCUUGAGGAUGUCAAUCGAAAGACUCUUCUCCCUCACACACUUCAAUCGCAUUUCCAAGCAUCGGAUCAGAACAUCAUCCAGACAUCGCAACGAACAGAUUUCUCGCAUCAGGAUCAAUUCAUCUCCGAUCAGGCAUUGGAAAUGAUACCUUCUCAACAACCUCUCCUACUACUACUCUACUUCGCCAAACCAUCCAUCGCAACCGCAAACAUCAUCCAAGCAAACGCACUCAAUUUCAAUUUCCAUCCGACGAACCCUCCACCGAACAUCACAAUGCAUCCCACACUCAAACUCCGAGCCCCAACCUUCCCCGAAACAACAACAAUGCCUCCUCCUCCCGCUCAGCUGCUGCAACAAAACUCCGCUUGCAACGUUGUAGGACAAGCGAUUGCGAUCUGCAACACCCUGACUCCAGGCUUCAACACGCUGCAACCGACUGCACAAGCACACUGUCUCUGCUACUCCAGCACGUCUUGGAGGCCGUCCAUCUUCGACAACGCGGUAAAGACAUGUGCAGACUACGCCUUCACAGCCGCGCCUGGGGCAUACAACCCACUCGCAAACCUCGAAGGAUUCUGCCAAGGCAUCGGCGACGUGAACCAGGAGGACGCUCCUGCUCCGGUCUUCAGUCUAACGACUGUGUACCAGAGCAUACAAAGCUCAGGAAUGAGUAUGAGCACCAGUAUGUCCGCCUUCUCAGGCCAACCCUGCAACGCCGUCAACGCAAUGCUAAACGACUGCUCCUCCUCCUCCAACGGCUUCUGGAGUCUUCAGCCUAGCGAUCGAGCCAAGUGUCUCUGCUACGUUAGCGCAAGCUCGUGGUGCCCUACUGCCUUCGACAAUGCGGUGCAGACGUGUGAGGCGUUUGCGAUAACUGCGGCGCCGAGCGUGUAUGCUGCUGUUAGUAGCUUGGGAGGAUUCUGUGCUGGUGUGGGUGAUGUGCUGGCUACUCCUAUUCCGCCUGCUUCAUAUUCUGUGGCGACGACGUUGAGUGCCGUUGCUUCUCCGACGCCAAGUCUUGGUCCGAAGUCGACGAAGGGAUCGAGUUCUGGAAAUGGAGGGGUAACGAGCACGACGGAUAUCGAGACAACAAUCACGAUUGGAGGAACUCGAGGUACUCAGACGGCAAACAGUGGUGGAGUGAAAUUGGAGAGAAUGAGUGAGGGGCAGGUGGUGGCAUUCAGCUUUCUUUGUGCUUUGCUGGUGCUUUUUUUAUGAGUGUGGCUCUGCUGAGCGGAGCCAUCUUUAGACGUUUCAUUAGGAGAAGGGGGAAGAGCUGAUCCUUAUGAAAGAUCAUAGGGGCCAUGAGGGGUGGAGGUAGAAGAUAUAUUUGUAAAGCAGAAAGCUGUCUUGGAAUAGAAAAUUCUUCAGCGAGAGGUCCUAGCACCAUCGUACAAAACUCUCUUUACGCAUUUUCAAGUCAAAA